CGGAAGGGUGAGAAGGGCCAGCGGCCUGAGCGAAGUUGCAGUGUUCCUGAGCCCUACACCGUGUACUGAAACCUAUACUGGGACUUCUCGCCCUCUUGCGGCACCUGUUGCAGGUGACAGCUUUGGUGCUGUUUAGGAAAAGAACUUUGGCAGAGAAGAGGAUACACUUUCCAUCCUUCACCCCACCAACUUCAUGGGGAUCUUGCAACUCUGGUAGCUCUCCUUGUCUGAUUGUUUUGAAGAAAGAAGAGUAGAAGAAAAAAAUAAGUCAUGUCGGAGAUUCUUGACCUCUCUUUUCUGUCUGAGAUGGAAAGGGAUUUGAUCCUCAGUGUUCUACAACGAGAUGAGGAGCUCCGGAAAGCAGAUGAGAAAAGGAUUAGGCGAUUGAAGAAUGAGUUACUGGAGGUAAAAAGGAAGGGGGCCAAGAGGGGCAGCCAACACUAUAGUGAUCGGACCUGUGCUCGGUGCCAGGAGAACCUGGGCCGUUGGACUCCUAAGACCAACACUUGUCAGGGUUGUAAUCACCUGGUGUGCCGGGACUGCUGUAUCCAUGAAAGCAAUGGUACCUGGAAGUGCAAGGUGUGCACCAAGGAAAUAGAGCUGAAGAAGGCAACUGGAGACUGGUUUUAUGAGCAGAAAGUGAAUCGCUUUGCUUACCACACAGGCAGUGAGAUAAUCAGGUUGUCCCUGCGCCGCAAACCUGCAGUGAAUAAAAGGGAGACUGUGGGACAGUCCCUCCUUCAGCAGUCACAGAUGGGUGAUCUCUGGUCAGGAAGAAAAAUCAUUCAGCCGCAACAGAAGGAACACAGUGUGCCAUUUGAAGUGCCCAAGCUGAAAAGUGGAAAGAGUGCACUGGAUGCUGAGAGUGAGAGUCUGGAUAGCUACACGGCUGACUCAGAUAGCACAUCCAGGAGAGACUCUCUGGAUAAAUCUGGCCUUUUUCCAGAAUGGAAGAAGAUGUCUGAUCCCAAAUCUCAAGUAGAAAAGGAAACUCAGCCUGGGGUUCGAAAUGUGAUAUCUGUCAAUGAGUGUGAAAUGAUAUUCAAGAAGAAUGCCAGAAAAAUCCUCCGGCCUUCAGAAUAUACUAAAUCUGUGAUUGAUCUUCGCCCUGAAGAUGUGGGGCAUGAAAGUGGCUCCUUGGGAGACAGAAGCCAAUCUGUCCCUGGCCUCAGUAUGGAUAUGCUUGAGGAAGAGGAAGAAGAAGAGGAAGAAGAAGAAGACAUUGACCACCUGGUGAAGUUGCAUCGCCAGAAACUAGCCAGAAGCAGCCUGCAAAGUGGCUCCUCCAUGAGUACAAUAGGCAGCACGAUGAGCAUCUAUAGUGCAGCUGGCGAUUUUGGGAACAUCUCUGUGACUGGCAAGAUUGUCUUUUCCCUGAAGUAUGAGCAACAAACACAGACUCUGAUCAUCCAUGUGAAGGAGUGCCACCAGCUGGCUUAUGCCGAUGAAGCCAAGAAGCGCUCUAAUCCAUAUGUGAAGACCUAUCUGCUGCCUGACAAGUCCCGGCAAGGAAAAAGAAAAACCAGCAUCAAGCGGAACACUGUCAAUCCACUAUAUGAUGAGAUCUUCAGAUAUGAGAUCCCUGAAUCUCUCCUGGCCCAGAGAACAUUGCAGUUCUCAGUUUGGCAUCAUGGUCGUUUUGGUAGAAAUACUUUUCUUGGAGAAGCAGAUGUCCAGAUGGAUUCCUGGAAGCUUGACAAGAAACUGGAUCAUUGCCUCCCUUUGCAUGGAAAGAUCAGUGCUGAGUCCACGACUGGCUUGCCAUCACACAGAGGCGAGUUGGUGGUUUCACUGAAGUACAUCCCAGCCUCUAAGCUCCCUGUUGGAGGUGACCAGAAAAAGAGUAAAGGUGGGGAAGGGGGAGAGCUCCAAGUAUGGAUCAAAGAAGCCAAGAACCUGAUGGCUGCCAAAUCAGGAGGGACUUCAGACAGCUUUGUCAAGGGAUACCUCCUUCCCAUGAAGAACAAGGGCAGUAAACGUAAAACUCCUGUGAUGAAGAAGACCCUGAAUCCCCACUACAACCAUACAUUUGUCUACAGUGGCGUAAGGCUGGAUGAUCUACAACACAUGUGCCUGGAAUUGACUGUGUGGGACCGGGAGCCCCUAGCCAGCAAUGACUUCCUGGGAGGGGUCAGGCUGAGUGUUGGCACUGGUAUCAGUAAUGGGGAAGUGGUGGACUGGAUGGAUUCAACUGGGGAAGAAGUGAGCCUGUGGCAGAAGAUGCGACAGUACCCAGGGUCUUGGGCAGAAGGGACACUGCAGCUCCGUUCCACAAUGGCCAGGCAGAAACUGGGCUUAUGAGUCCCUGCCUUUCUCUUUAGGCACAGCCCUGCCCAGGGCAAGUCAGAAGAGGUGAAGAGACAAAGAAUAAAGAUUUAAUAUGUAUGUGUUAUGUCUGUGUGUAUAUAAACAUGUAUUUCUACAAAUCUCAUUAUGCUAGAGUGAUGCAGAUUGUUCCCCUUUUGAAAGCAAGCUCAAGAAUAAAGGUCUCUUCAAAAUGCU